AUGAGGCAAAAAAAGAAAGGAGAUUUCAGCCGAGCAGAACUCAUGAUGAUGACUAUAGCUGAUGUCAUCAAGCAACUCAUUGAUGCCCAUGAUGAGGGCAAAGAUGUAAACUUAAACAAGAUUAAAACAAGGACGGCUGCCAAGUAUGGCCUUUCAGCACAGCCACGCCUGGUUGACAUUAUUGCUGCUGUUCCCCCUCAGUACCGCAAAGUGCUGGUUCCUAAGUUGAAAGCAAAACCCAUUCGAACUGCUAGUGGGAUUGCUGUUGUGGCAGUAAUGUGCAAACCACACAGAUGUCCACAUAUUAAUUUCACAGGAAAUAUAUGUGUAUACUGUCCUGGAGGGCCUGAUUCAGACUUUGAAUAUUCAACACAAUCUUACACUGGAUACGAGCCAACAUCUAUGAGAGCCAUACGUGCCAGAUAUGAUCCUUAUCUCCAGACCAGACACCGAGUUGAACAACUGAAGCAGCUGGGCCACAGCAUUGACAAAGUGGAAUUCAUUGUGAUGGGUGGAACAUUCAUGGCUCUUCCAGAAGAAUACAGAGAUUACUUUAUCCGUAAUUUGCAUGAUGCCUUAUCAGGCCAUACGUCUAACAAUGUAGCAGAAGCAGUCAAAUACUCUGAGCGAAGCCUUACAAAGUGCAUUGGGAUUACUAUAGAGACCAGGCCAGAUUAUUGCCUAAAACGGCAUUUGAGUGAUAUGUUGUCCUAUGGAUGCACAAGGCUGGAAAUUGGAGUACAAAGCAUUUAUGAAGAUGUGGCCAGAGAUACUAACAGGGGCCAUACAGUAAAGGCCGUGUGUGAAUCAUUCCACUUAGCCAAAGAUGCUGGAUUCAAGGUGGUAGCACAUAUGAUGCCAGAUCUUCCCAACAUGGGACUUGAGAGAGACAUCAACCAGUUUGUGGAGUUUUUUGAGAAUCCUGCCUUUCGGCCAGAUGGCAUGAAGCUGUAUCCAACUCUUGUGAUCCGUGGCACUGGCCUCUAUGAACUCUGGAAAACUGGGAGGUACAAAAGUUAUCCUCCAAGCACCCUUGUGGAUUUGGUGGCAAGGAUUCUUGCCCUCGUGCCUCCCUGGACUCGAGUGUACCGAGUACAAAGGGAUAUCCCAAUGCCCUUAGUCACUUCUGGAGUGGAACAUGGUAACUUGAGAGAACUGGCUUUGGCUAGGAUGAAGGAUUUAGGAACAGAGUGCCGUGAUGUAAGAACAAGAGAGGUUGGAAUACAAGAGAUACAUCACAAAGUCAGACCCUACCAGGUUGAACUGGUCCGGAGAGACUAUGUGGCCAACGGUGGUUGGGAGACCUUUCUUUCUUAUGAAGAUCCUGAGCAGGACAUCCUGAUUGGACUUCUACGUUUGCGGAAAUGUUCGGAGGACACAUUCAGACCUGAGCUGAAGGGUGGGGUCUCCAUUGUCCGGGAACUCCAUGUCUAUGGGAGUGUAGUUCCUGUCAGUAGCCGAGAUCCCUCUAAAUUCCAGCAUCAGGGAUUUGGAAUGCUGCUCAUGGAAGAGGCAGAGAGAAUUGCCAAGGAAGAGCAUGGCUCAUGGAAGAUAGCUGUCAUUUCAGGUGUGGGUACCAGAGAUUACUACAGGAAGAUUGGCUAUGGACUAGAAGGGCCCUAUAUGGUGAAGAGGCUGGACUGACAUUUGGUGAAGAACACCUGAGGCUUUGGAUUUGCACAAUAAGGCCAGAGCAGAAUGGAGAUGCCAUGGCCCUACUACAAACACUGUCUGAACUAGCCAAACAAGGUCCAUUUAAAUCACUUGAUAUCAAAGAGGAUUCUCUUGAGUAUCACAUUCAAAUCCAUCCAAUGAAUUUUUUGGCUCUUCCACAACAGGCAGAAAAAAGAGUUGACCAUUAUUUCAUUGCUCCGAUUAUCAUUUACAAAUGGGUAACAGCCUGGAAACCUUCAGGGUUUGAGAUCUAUGAUGUCAUAAGGCAGGUGUGUCAAACUCGUGGCUGGCGGGCGGGAUGCAUCACGCGCUGGCAACACUCACCCCCGUUUUAGCAAAAGGGGGAAAAGUGAUACGUCAUGUGACAACGUGAUACUGCGAGUUUGACACCCCUAUCACAAGGUGUCUGCAACGUAGACCUUUUUAUAUCAACUGCAACUAUUUUUAACAGAUAGCAUUGGGCUUUCUUUUGGUUUAGUCUAAUGUUAAGUGACAAUUGCCUCGUGUGCAAGAUUAAACUUGCCACUUUUAGUAUCUGCAGUGUUAGCCUGACCUUCAGUUGUUUACUUGAUAGUCUCCGAGUAUAUCUGGCAUUACAGAUAAAGUUUAUAGUUGCAGAUACACAAGAGAAAAGGCAUCAUUCUUUUUACAAAGUAAAAUUGUUCCUGCCAAUUAAAUAUGUUUUGCAUUCACUGCUUAUUUAUAUUGACAUCUGUAUCCCUCCACUCUAAUAUCUAUGUACCAGUGUGUUUCACAAAAGUGUUUCACCGUGCUACAUUAAACCACAGAGUCAUUAAAAUGUAUUUAAAAUCCAAUGGAGGGAAUCAUAGGUAGUCUAUUAGCCUCUAGGUAAGAUAAGCGGCAUACAAAUUAUAUUAAAAAUCUUUUCAGAAUCAAGGUGGAUUUAUCUUAAUGAAGAUGACUGUAAACUAUUCAAAAUUUGACUUUGAAUCAAUAAUCUAAAACCAUACAAUGUCAGAUUUUCACUGCUUUGGCUGGGAUGCAAUUUGUGAUGCAAUUAGUGGAACAAGAAGUGCGUGCCAGGCUACAAAUGAAGCAAAAUGACCGCAUCCCUCCCAUUUCAUGGCAGGUUUCCAUGCACAAUACUUUAAUAAGAAUCUCCCUCAAAAUAUUUGCAGGCAGGGUUUGAUUUUGGUCCUUGGCAGCAUCUCCAAUCUGAAGGAUCUCAGGUCAAUAGACUGGGAAAGGUCUCUCUGAUAAAACCUUGGAGGUCACCAUUGAUAUUGCAAGCAACAUUAUUAUCAUCCUGUGGUCCUCCAGUUAUGAUGCAACCAUAUCUCCCAGAAUUACUCUGGAGUAUCAGGUUGGGAAGAUCAGUGGACCAAAGAUCUAAUUCUCUCUCGGACGCCAACGGAUGUGUCCACAGCCUGCUAUAUCUGGGUACCUGGCACUGGAGCAAGCCUUUUUCAGGGACUCAAGUAUCUCCAUUGGGAUCCUUCCAGUAACUCCAGUAAAUUGAGUUUAUUGUACAUUUAGUCAAUAAAUUGAGUAAAAAUACCAGGGUCAUUAUAAGAACUCCAGUGGAGAUGGUGAAAGAAAUUGAAAGCACCACUGUGCUACUUCUUGCUUCUCCAAAGCUAGCACUUUCAUGAUUUAUUUCUAAUUUCUUGACAGAGAAAAGGGCUUUAUCUGAAGCAUAAUUGAUACAGGACCUUGACUUGUUUGUCAUUGAGGAGGCAGCAGAAUGGAAGGCGUCCUUCUUCUUUCCCACAAAAUGUCAAGGUUUCCAUUUGGUUCAAGGCAGUAGAGUGAGGCCAUGCAUUUGAGAGCAAGUGAGCAAAGACGAGGCAGUUCCUCACAGUCUCGCUCAGCAGUUCCUUAAAAGGUUUGAGCAUAUGUCCAAAAAUAAAAUUUGAAAGGCUCUAAUUUUCAGCCCUGUCACCACAAAUGAUUUUUUUUCCCCUGGGAUUGGGGAAAGAAAAGGAAAGGAGACAAUUCAAGUCUCAGCUGUAGUGUCAAGAAGAGCACAACGAACCUGGCCACGAAGUCACCAGGAUCAAGUUGGAUUCAAAGGAAGUUUAAAGGUGAAGGAAGCAUCUCGGUCAAAAGCCAGGAGCAGCACUUUGGCAGGGAGCUUGUAUGCUGAAUGAUGUCUGUUUAUCCUCUCUGUCAGGGGUCCCCAAACUUGGCAACUUUAAGACUUGUGGACUUCAACUCCCAGAAUUCCUCAGCCAAGUCCACAAGCCUUAAAGUUGCCAAGUUUGGAGACCUCUGCUCUCUGUGCUUAUGAAACAAGACAAAAUCCCUUAAGAGGAAGACAAGAGUUUUGCAACUAUGCUGGCUGGGGAAAUCUGGGAAUUGAAGUCCACAGAUCUUAAAGUCCCCAAGGCUGAGAAGCACUGCCUUAAGA